GUAAACCUGCCUCCUGACCCGCCACAGGCUCCCUGUCUGCACCUCUCUGGAACAUCGCGUCCUCCUCUGCAGAAACAAUAAAUAAAUAAAUAAAACUAAAAAUGACAGCCAAACACCGGAAAGGAAAAGCCAACAACAAACCGGAGGAGAACUUUUUAAAAACUGAGCUCCUGGAAACAGAAGUUCGCCCUGCAGGGAACAACUCCACUCCUCUGUUGGUUCUGGUUCUGGUCGUUGUCAUCGGCGGAGCCACGGGUGCGUGGAUCUGUUUCCAGCAGCACCAAAGUUUAACCUACUUAACAGACAACCUCAUGGGCAUUCAGAUGAAAAUAGCCAGGCUGCAGUCUUCUCAUGAAGAGCUGCGGCUGUCAAACACUCAGCACAUGCCAGAGAGUGUGGAGACCCGUCUGAGUUCCCUUGAAGAGUCUUUUGCACUGGCCAAGAAACAGGCGGGCGUGGCCCUGUCCACAGCCGAGCAGCUCAAGACCUCCGACCUCCCGGCCCAAGUUUUGUCCCUUCAUACAGAGAUGAAAGCCCGCCUGGCAGAGAUGCAGCAAGCCACUGUGUCUCUGGAACAGCUGAACAAGCUGCAGAGCACGCUGAACGGGAAGAGCCAGGAGUUUGGGGAUGCCAGGAUCCAGAUGGAGGGUUUGGCCACUCUGAGCAGCGAACUGUCCCAGAGGGUCGAGGACAUCRCAGUGAACUUGGCAGAGGUGGAGUCAAAGCUGGAGGAGAGAGGGGGUGAGAUCGACACGCUGAGCGUCACCCUGGAUGAACAGRCCACCAAGGUGCUCAGGCUCAAGCAUCAGCUGGAUGUUUACCAAACUCAGCUGGAGGCCAACUUCCUGGAGAUGGCAGCUGUCAGAGAACUGCUUGAGAAUAAACAGUCCCAGCAGCUUCAGCAGGCUGAUGAAGAGGAGAAGAUAUACACACUGGUGGAAGAAACACAACCUGCUGCUGAGUCAGGUGAGCAGAUGGAGGAAGAGGAAGCUGCAGUGGUUGAAGAAGAAACGGUUGUUGACAGAAGUGAGGAGGGAGAUGCUGCUGAAACAACAGCUGAAGAAGCUGAUGGAACUGAACAAGAAGCCACUGAAAUUGAGGAAGAGGAGGCAGACGGUGCUGCAGCUGAGGAGGAAGAAGAGACUACAGCUGAGGAAGAAGAUGCUGCAGCUAAGGAGGAAGAAGAUGCUGCAGCUGAGGAAGAAGAUGCUGCGACUGGGGAGGAAGAUGCUGCAGCUGAGGAGGAAGAAGAGACUACAGCUGAGGAGGAAGAUGCUGCAGCUGAGGAGGAAGAAGAGACUACAGCUGAGGAGGAAGAUGCUGCGAUUGAGGAGGAAGAUGCUGCAGCUGAGGAAGAAGAUGCUGCAUCUGCAACUGAGGAGGAAGAUUCUGUGGCAUCAGCUGAGGAGGAAGAGGUAAACCCAGCAACUGAUAAAGAAGAGAAGGAAAAGGAAUCUGCAGCAGCUGAGACAGCUGGGGAGGAAGAUGCAAGUGAAAUAUUUAAAGAAGAGCAGGAUGUCUCUCCAGAUCCAGAUGCAGAAGAAGAAGACACUAAAGAAAACUAUCAAAGAGUCACUGUUUUAGAAAACACAGCUUCUGCUGAGGAUGAAAACUCUGAAAAAACUGGACUUGUUUCUGCUGAGUCAGAGGAGGAAGGAGUGGAUACAACUAAAGAAAAGAACAAGAAACUCAACGAAGAGGAAGUUCAGGUCUCAGCAGAUGAGGACGAGGAAGCAGAAGAGGAGAAACAUGUUAAAACAGAAGAAGAGGAGACAGAUGAAGAUCAGCAGGAUGUGACUGUGGAGGAGGCAGAGAGGGAAGAGAUAUUCAAAGACGAUGCUUCACUUGAAAAAUAUUAAGUCAAAUAGUUCAACACAUGGAGCUUUUGCUGGAAAUAUCCAUGAAGAAGACUGGAAACUGUCUCAGACUGUUGUCUACAUGAUAAACUCUGUUGUUUGCAGUUUAUGUGGUCACGUUCUGAAAUACUGACCUGAUCAGAGGAAUGAGGUCGUUAUGCUGGAGGACGAGUCAAACAUGCACCUUCAGGGAUCAGGUGGCUGUAAAGAUUGAUUUAGGUUUUAUCUGCUGACGACCACCUCAUAAGAGACUGAGAACUGUUUGCUCUUCAUAACUCUCACUGWUUGUUCAAGGCAAAGCUGGAAAACYAGCAAAGCCAAUGUCCAAACUGGUUAUUGGUAAACUUAAAACCAUUACGUUUCGCCUUCCACUUUUCUCACAGCCUGAAAUGCAUCUUGAAGAGAUAAAGUCCAGUGAUUUAUUUUCUCCCAGAUGUUUUCUUAGACUGAACAGCCAAGUAUAGAAUCAUCAGUACUGAAAAUAUUUAGAAAAGGCCUCGUCACACUUGAUCUUUUCAGACAACUUAUGCCAACAUUUGAAAAAUGUUUUCUCAUACUGAAGAUUAAAAAUAAAGAAUGCAAACAAUUAAUAUAACAAAUUACUUAUAUUGGUAAUUUAUAACAAAAGUUUUCAUAUUUCGACCUAAAACAUUAACGAGUGACAGGGCCUUUAGAUAAAUACAAAAUUGUUUUAAAAAAAUGACAUUUUUCUAUUUUCAUUAUUAUUUUUAGCUUGAUUAAAACUGCAGUUUUUAUGCACGUUAGGUAAUUCGAUUUUUUCUUACUUUAUAGCUGGUCCAGCCAGACUGAAUGCACACAUGGAUUCUCAGAUACAGCCACAGCACUUUUUGGGUUUCUUCAGCAGCAUUUUACAACUUCAUGAUCACAAAUGUGUCAUUUUAUUUAGUCUGAGUCUAAUAUCAGUAGAUGAAUCCCCGGGACAACUGCUUUAUGCAACCUUUAAACCCCUCAGGGAACAUUACAAACCAUCCGUUCCACAUAAAGUGUUCGCGCCGAAGAUCAGUUCUUCUAAAUGAGCCGUCAGUGCAAAUCAAUAAAUUGUGUGUUCACUUUAAAUCAGCAACUUUCAACAUGCCAUACUGUUACUACAUCAUGUUUUUGUAGCUCCAUGUUCUACAACCUGCUGCUGAGGAUGGCAGAUGAAGGUGAAGAUKUGAUGCAAUCUGCUGACUUUAGAUGGAUAAAACAACUAAUUGACAUUUUCUUAUAUGCUGUAUGUUUUUGUACAGUGCCCUGAGAUGACUUGUUGUGAAUUGACAUUGUAUAAAUAAACAGAAUUGAAAUGAAACUAAGCUAUGGUGCCAAAUCUAAAGCAGGAGAAGAGUGUGGUGGUUUUCAUGGCUCUAUCCUUACCUGCUGAACUUGUGCCUGAACAGAAGUCAUUAAAGACUAAAUGGUAAAUGGGCUGUGCUUAUAUAGCACCUUUCUAUCAAACCAGAAUACUCAAAGUGCUUUACUUUACAAUCUGCACCCUCAUUUACCCAUUUACACAGCACUCUGCUACAUCUCUACAAAGCUAAUCCAGACAAAUAAUUCUACAGAGAUUAAUCAGUGCUUUAAAUCACACUGAUGGGACACAUCAGAUGCAGGGGGUUCAGUGUCUUGCCCAGAGAAACGUGUUCUACAUGUGACUGAAYAGUGGUGGAAUCAAACCCCCAACUCUCAWUGAAGGACRACUCCCCUGACCACUCAGCCACAGCCAUCCACGUCUCUGAAGAGAACAAAUAAUGUGAAGCUUUAGCUCAUGUCUCCCACACAAAGUGGAAGCUGGGAUAUUGUUUUUGAGCAUUUUUACUAAUUAUGUUGUUUAUUUCAGCUCUGGUUGCUGUCAGUGGAAAUCUGUCCUUUUUAUUUUUUCAAAUAAAUCCCCUUUUUUUGUACAGAUAA